GCGCGAGGGGGGCGGAGCCCGAACCUUCCCCGGGAAUAAGGCGCCUCCGCCCGGCCGCUCGCCUCCCUUUCCGCGGAGCGCUGCGCUGGAGGUGCCGCGGCGGCGUUUGUGUUUGUGUUUGCGGCGGGGAGUGGAGCCCAGCCCAGCCUCCGGGAUGAAGGCGCCCUCCCUCCGGCCUCUCUGGCCCCAGGAGCCCAGGGUCGCGGCGGGACGGAGAGUCGCCAGGGAGUCAGGCAGCCAACCAUGAUCCCCCGCCGGCGGCGGCGGCGCUCAGACUCGCCCGCGAUGCUCGCCUCGCGCCCCGUCUGCUAGCCAGGCAGGCAGGCAGGCAGGAAACCUCGGGAGCCGGACUGCCGGACAAAACCCCGGAGAGGCGCCUUUCCCCGCCGCCUCUCUCCCUCCCUAUCCUUCCUCCCCCCUCCCCAACCUUUCUUUUGGGUUUUUUUUCCCUCGCCUGGCACCAUGCGGCUUCGACUGGGACCCACCCUGGACGGCUUGGCUCCCACAUUCCUGCUCCUCUUGGCUUUGCCCCUGGCAGCGCCCACAUGUCCAAUGCUUUGCACCUGCUACUUUUCUCCACCCACAGUCAGCUGCCAGGCCAAUAACUUCUCCUCCGUGCCACGGGUCCUGCCACCCAAUGCCCAGCGCCUCUUCCUUCAGAACAAUCUUAUCGGGAGCCUGCGGCCUGGAAUGUUUGGGCCAAGCCUCACCACCCUGUGGCUCUACUCCAACAACAUCUCCUCUAUCCAGCCCGGCACCUUCCGGCACCUCCAGGCUCUCGAAGAGUUGGACUUGGGGGACAACCGUAAUCUGCGCACUCUUGACCCAGGGACUUUCCGGGGACUGGAACGGCUGCAAUCUCUGCACCUUUACCGUUGCCAGCUAAGCAGCCUUCCAACCACAAUCUUCCGCAAUCUUUUCAGCCUCCAAUACCUCUAUCUCCAGGAGAACAACCUGCUUUGUCUGCAGGAUGACCUUUUUGUGGACUUGGCUAACCUGAGCCAUCUUUUCCUGCACGGCAACAAGAUUUGGCAGCUCUCAGAGAAUGUCUUCCGGGGCCUGUCUGGAUUAGACCGCCUGUUGCUGCACAGGAACCGCCUGCGCGCCAUUCCAACUUGGGCCUUCCGAGACCUGGGCAAGCUCACCAUUCUGUACUUGUUCAACAACAGCCUGACCACCCUCCCAGGGGAAACUCUCUCAGACUUGCCCUCCCUGGAGUUCCUGCGCCUCAACAACAACCCGUGGGCUUGUGACUGUCAUGCCCGCUCCCUCUGGGCUUGGUUCAGGCGCACGCGGGUCUCCACCUCAGAUGUCAUAUGUUCAUCCCCUGCUGAACUGAAGGGGCGUGACUUGCGUCAUCUCAGUGAAUCUGUCUUUCAGGGCUGCCCUCUGGUCAGUCACCACACAGUUGGGUUUGACUGGGGCUGUAGGCCGGAGUGGGAAAGUGCAGUGGCUCAUCCUCCUCCCCACCCUCACCCCCAUCCCCAUCCCCACCCACAUCCUCAUCCUAACACCUCAUCCAACCACCUCUAUGGCCUCGGGGGUUCACCCCCUGCUGAUCCCUCCUCCUUCUACAAGGAUGUGCCAGCCAAUGACAUCCGCAGUCCCAAAUAUGACCCACCCACAGAAGAUGACUAUUGGGGGAACUAUGACACUGAUGGAGGAAGACAGCUGAAGAAAGCAUGCCCAGAACCUGGCUGUUCUUCACUGGCCUCUGGAGCAAUCAGGAUUGACGUCAUGUCACUUGCCCUCCCCUGCUUACUGAUGUUAUGGGAACUUCCUUGGUUUUGACAAUGGCAGGUGGCUGGUCUGCUUUGGAAACUGUGGAAGAUCCAAGCCAGGAUGGAUUUUCUCUACCAAGCACUGAGUUGAGGCCAAAGUGAUUCACCUUCUCUCUGCUGUGGGGUGAAGGGAGACUAGGUCCAUUGCUGCUACUUUCCUGGCCAAUUAUGAGACUUGACUCUGGGACCACUUUCUGGGUGGUAUCUGACACAUUUUCAUGAACAUAUGGCAAGGGCUCCCCUUUCUAAUUUUUAUUUUUGGGGGGGCGGGGGUGUUGCAUAAUUCUUCUACUACAGUUGUCCCCUAAAUGCCAUUGUUUACUGCAUCCAUAUGGGAGUUUCCCUGUUGACUGCGCCCUGAAGAAAGCAAAGAUCUCUUCUGUGCAUGGUAUGAUGCUAUGGAAGGGUUGGGGACCUGUUUUCUGGGCCUCAUUCUUUCUGCAGUUUCCUACCAUGUACACAAGUGCCUGUGUUGUUCAAUGGGAUAGUAUCCUUCAGCUGAGAAGAAAUGCAACAUUGUUCUCUUGUAGAGCUAGAGAAUACUUUAAGAAUCCCGGGGCUCUUCUCUCUUACAACCCAUUAUUGAGUCUGUGUGUUAUUUUAGUUUUGUAGAAACCCCAAGGGACCAAUUCAUAUGAUCAGCUGAUGUGAUGGUAACCCUGUUCAAAGUGCCACCUGUGGAUCUAGUCUUUGCUGGCAGUGAGAGUGUGUCUACUGGAUCAGGUCAAAUUUCCCAUCUAUCCAAGCCUGAAGGUGGUGGAAUCUGCUUCACUAAAUGUUUUUAAACAGAGGCUGAAGGGCCAGAUAUCAGAAAUGGUGCAGCAGCAGAUCUUCUGGAUUGAGUUGAACGUAAUCACCUUUGAGGCCUCUUUUAAUGCUGAUUAGUCUUUUCAUUAGCAAAAGAAGGUAAACAAGAUCAUGUGAAUUGGGCCUUAGUCAUAAGAACUUACCAUUUUCAUGAGUUUGUCUUUUUUUGCUGGUGCCUCCAUGACACCCCCCCCCCCUUAUUCUUUUUUAACAAAAGGCAGUGAUAGUUGGUUGGACAACAAUUAAACUGUUUUGGCAUAGCUUGGUGAGCUUGGUCACUUGAGGAAAUAAAUAAUAGAAUGCACAUAGAGAAUCACAUGAAGGAAAAGGUUCCUUAGAAAACCCAUUGUGGUUACCAGAAAACUAAUUUGAGAUGUAUUAUCAAAGGCUUUCAUGGCCAGAGUCACUGGGUUGUUGUAGGUUUUCCAGGCUAUAUGGCCAUGUUCUAGAAGCAUUCUCUCCUGAUGUUUCACCUGCAUCUAUGGCAGCCACCCUCUGAGGAUGCCUGCCAUAGAUGCAGGUGAAACAUCAGGAGAGAAUGCUUCUAGAGCAUGGCCAUAUAGCCCGAAAAACCUACAACAACCCCGUAAUUUGAGAUGGUCAGCUUCUCCAUUCAGAGGUAUGUGCUCUUUUUUCACAUGUUCUUGCUCCUAACUAAAUCCGCCAUCUUUUGAGUGUUGAAAAAAAUUGAUGCAUUAAUGCUUAUUCAAAAUACUAUAUUUUGGAACUGGUUUUACUGGGAUUGAAGCUGUGGAAUCAUACUUGAUAUAUAAAACUUGGGUAUAUCACAGAAUCUACACUUGAUAGAGUAAUACAAUCAAUCUUGACUCCCUAAUAUAAAUCACUGAAAUACAGAAGUUUUUCACAGUCACCAGCGAAAGUUGGCAACUCCCACAUCAUGAAUGUCAACAGAAAAAAAUGUAGGGUGCUACACUUAGGCAGAAAAAUUAAAUACAGAGAUAUAGGGUAGGUGACAUCUGGCUUGACCACAUGGAUCUAGGAGUUGUAGUAGGUCUCAAGCCAAACAUGAGUUAAUUGUGUAGUGUGGCAGCUUAAAAAAUCUAUUGUGAUUCAACAAUAGAAGUAUAGUAUCAAGACCAAGGGAAGUGACAGUAUAAUUCUAUUCUGCCUUGGUUACACCUCCGCUGGAAUAUCACAUCCAGUUUGGGCACCAUGAUUUUAGAAGGCUAUUGUCAAAUUGCAACCAAAAUGAUCAAAGGUCUGGAAACCAAGCCCUAUGAGGAGUGACUUAGGAAGCUGGAUAUAUAUAUUUAGCUUAAAGAAGCAAACUUCAAUAAGUGACAUGAAAGCCUUUUUGAAAUAUUUUGAAGAAUGUCAUAUUGAGGAGGGAUCAUGCUUGUUGGUGGAAUCUCCUUUUCUGAAGGACUUUAUACAGGGACCAGAUGACCAACUGUUGAGGGUGGUUUGAUUGUGUGUUCUUUCAACUCUUAUGAUUCUGUGCUAUCAAUGGAGCGGGGAAAUCCAUGUUUCAAGUUUCAGGGAGCUCUCCAACAUGCUGAAUUCUGGUUCUAAAUGAGUUUAGAACUUUGGAGAAUGGUUUUAAAGUUAGCCAAACCUUUCUUACCAACCCAAUGACCUGAGAGUCAUCAGCCAUAUAUUUUCUCUCCCCCCCCCCCCCCCCCGCAAUUUUUUUUUAUGUUUUCUUUAUAAAGGUGUAAACCCAGUUGGCUGAAAUUAUGAAAAAUUGCCUCAAGUGAACAUGAAUGAAAGUUUCAGAGCCAAGAUAGUUGCAUAUAUAGUUUUUGUUAAGGUUUAGAUUUUAUGUGGCAUACUUUUGUUUUUCUAGCCUUCAAUAUAAUUUCUUAAAUAUAUCCAUGUGCUGCCUUUCAACCAAAUGUUCGCAAAAUGGUCAACACUGUAAAAUUGGACAACAAUUAAACAUUGGAAUUCCAGUGA